UGGUUGUUGACAAGUUUAAUUAUUACAAAAACAGAUCUGAAGUUGGUCAAUUAUUUUUAGGUAUUUUUACUGUUUGGGCAAUAGUUUGAGAAACCGCUGUUAUACAAAGUAAUACUAAUAAAGUUUAGUAAUAAAAUAGAACUCAAUCAUUUUCGAGUGAUCUCUCUUGAAAAGCACCAGCUGCCACUUAUUGUGAGAAUUGUGUCAUAUCAUAAGGAGGUUGGCGAUACCCAGCCCUACUGAUCAAGUUAUCAUCCAUCCAUGAAAUGUCCCUGUAACACAUUCAAUGGAAAGGAGGAUGUGAGAACCAGCUUAACAAUAUAAAUGAUAGUUUAAUGAUAAACACACACAGGUGUCGGACAGCUGUCCGUAAUACACUCUCUGUCGCACUGCCGUCUCCGGUCGGCCUUAUCCCUCUCGGGCUUAAUCAGCCUUAUUAGAGGCUGAGUGCGCGGAAUCACGACCCGGCCCCGCCCUCCGCCCUGCCACAGUCCCAUAACAAACUAAAUCUUUAUGGCUAAUGGCCAAUUAGAUAGAUACAGAUUAAGCACUGACCUUACAUAAAAACAAUUUUCUUUUGAAAAUCACCAUUUACAAUGCGAUUUAGCUCACAACUAACUGAGUAACUGCCUUCUGGCAUGUCUUUAUCAACUUGGUGACAUCCAGUUUAAAGGAUUUCACAGAAAUGUCAUUAAAGUUCACUUAUUGGAAAAUGUCAAAUACCCCAAAUUCUUACACUGUACUUACUUGGAGCAAAAAGCAAUUCAGCUUAUGUACAAACUUAAUUAUAUGGGCAUAGAUUUCAGCCUUCAAAAGUCUGUCUUUGCUUUUUUUUUGCCUCUCACCUCACAUGAAAUGGUUGGGUGAUUGUUAUGGCCUUUUCAAGCUCGGCAACUCUGUGUUUCCCUCACUGUAGAGCCACUGUGGUCAUGCUGUGUUCAAAAUACUAUUGUACUUCAAACUGCCUACCACAAGGAAAAACUGCAUUCUAUUUUUUGAACAGCAUAUGAUACAGAGUGCAGCAAUAUGUAUUAAAUUGUAGUACUCUGAAUCGUUGUCACAUGACCCAUUAUCAUAUGCAUUCCCGGAUGUCUGCUAUUGUGCAUUGUGGGAAACUGUACAAGAGCUUGUGAGCAUUAUUACCCAGGUAUCACGUGGAAUACUUUGGGGGGGGGUCGCUGUCCUUUUCUGCAUAUCGCAGCCCCCUUCGGCAUAUCGCUGCGCUGUUUUGCAGCCCUCUUCAGCCAGUCGCGACCUGUUUGGCAUAACGCAGCGGCCUGCUUCAGCUUAUCGCCGCCCGUUCAGUCCCGUUUCGCAACUGGUCCCCCAUAGGUAUCCAACAUAGGGCACAACACCUCUUAUGUGCAUAAGUGGCGUCAGAGUGAUGCAUUUCAAUGUAACCGGAAUGCUUAAAGUUGCAGGCCGAUCCUCACUCUGCAUUCAAAAGUAUUUCACGGCAUCCAACAUUUGUUUCUUCUGUAACACUUUAUUAAAGCAAUACAUUGUCAUUCACUCCACCAUAAAGAACAUAAUCUACUAAUAUGCUGUCCUUUAAUCUGUCCACAAAACCUGUGGACUAUGCAUAAUAAUUAGAACAUUGCUUACAGCAGGCGAUUUAAAGUCCGAUAAAGAUUAAAAUUGAAAUGCAAUGAAUUUGUACACCGCCAGUGCUUUAAAUAAAUGAAAUAGAUGAAUUGAGAUGCAACUUCUCAAAGUUUACCAUGCUGAUAGUAACUACACGCAAAUGUACCAUGCACUGUCAGCACGCUUAAAUAUUCAGAAAAGUUGAAUCUUUCAGUUACUCCCUUUAAAAUUCCCACAGCUAAAAAACAUUAAACGUUCUAGUUGGUUGUUGAAAGACUAGUGGAACAUCCUGUUCCAUUUUUAGGAUGUGUACCUUUAUAUGAUGUAUGUCUGCAUGUUUAACAUCUGUCGUCUUCAGUAACCCUGCCAUCCAAAUGCUCCUAAACAGCCAAUUUAUGUCGCUUUUUCAGUGCAUAUGAGUCUGGUAGAUCAAAUUCUUCUGUUAUAUUUUGAAGUUUGUGUGUAGCUCCAGUUUAAUGUGGAAUGAAAGUUCAUGUUUUGUCUGCAAUACCUGGCCAAGCAUUACACACUCCAUACCAUAGAAACCGCUGCACUAACCAGCAAGGUACAAGCACAAGAGAUUUUAACGUUUAGGUUUACACCAAAAAAAACUUUUAUAUAAUAUAUUUUUGUCACGUGUAAAUAAAAAAUUCAACCAUAAAUUCUUAAUUCUUAAGAUUAAAUUAACCGUGACAUUUUAAUCAUGGUUAAUAUAGUGAAACCGUUUAAUCACAACAUCCCUAAAGAGAACUAUACUAGAAAGGUACACAAUUUCUGCUUAUAUACACUAUGUAUACUGUGUGACAUUAGACACUCCUGUCUGAAGGAUUUUGCAUUUUAAAUGGUGAAGGUCACUGGGCAUUGCUCUCGGCCAUUGAUGUUUCUUGCAGUUAUUAAGGGUUUAAUGGUGGCUACGGUCACUAAUGGUGUGCACUGUAUAUACCUUCCUUUCACAGCCCACUGGUAUCUCCUCAGUCAGGCUCCAGUGCCAGAACAAUCUGCCCCAUUGUACCCUUGACCUUCAAUGUCCCUUCACAGAGCAUGGCUGACAAACACAAUAAUCCCUUCAAUUCACCCCCACCCCUUUCUGACGACAAUCUCUUUCUCUCAAACAUACAGCAGAAUCCUUUCUUCCAGGAGCCUCAUACUGUUGCUCCUUUAACUCCUGCUAUGCCUUUUCUCUUUAGCUCAGACCAUUCACAGUCAUCUUCAUCUUGGGCUGGUGGUAGUACCACCCCAGAUUUGCUAAGGAUUGGAAACUUUAAAGUAUCUUCAGUGAUACACCAAAUGGAUGGCUCAAUUGAUUCUUUCAUUUCUCACUUCGAGGGACAGAUGGACAAGGAUGACUUUGAAAAUUUUGCUAAGGACAGACUGAAGUCUUCAAAGGAAACCAAGAAUUCGGUUACACCCCCUCUUCUCCUGAUGAAACCAAAUAAGCAAAAGCCCUUAGGUGAUUUGGAUGGCUUAAUGGUGUCAGAUAUAAAUGAUCUUACUGCUUCAGUGAGUCAUCUGACUGAAGAAACGUAUACCAAAACGGUCCAUAAUACACCUCAAGUUUCAGGAAGUGAACUUAAUCAUAUUUGCUCUAAUUCUAACAAGCCUGGCCUAACCAAUCCUGGGGCAUAUGGCUUCUCAGAAUUUGGUCUGAACUUAUCUGAAAUUUCCUUGCCUGAAAAUUCCAGUUUAGAGUUUUCAGAGCUGAAUGCGCUUGCAUGCUCUUAUCCUGCACUGUCAAACAGCUCCCACAAUGAAGUCAAUGCUGAUGCCAGUCACCCCAAAGAAUGUCCUACGAUGAACAUAAGCCCACAAAUUCCCAAAUCAUCUGCCUUGCAACCAGAAUCAGAAGCUCCUCUUACUGUCUCUAGUGAAUUGUCAGAGGAGGUGUCUGUGAGUCUUGAAACAUCACAAAGGCCUGAAGCAAUAGAGUUUGCAGAACAUAUUGAAUCUGUGAAAAUCCAUAAAGAUCAUAUGUCAUGCUGUAAAGACUCGGAUGACACCCUGGAACCAUCCACCUUGAUAUCUGAUUCCCUAAGCAAAGAGCUAGACCACAUAGAGCCCUGUCAUUUUCCAGAGAGUGAUGUUAUUCCAAGUAAUAUGAUAGAAUCCAUUGAAGGAUUUUUGGGAUCAAAUGCCUCACUUAUUGAAGAUGUUGGAAUAAGAGAAACAACUCUAGUUGUACCCUCUGAGCCCCACUUUCUGUCAGAACAGAGUUCCCCAGUGUUAACAGCUUUGGUUAUGCCAAUGAAGAAUGCAGAGGAUCCAGAUGAAACAAUGGACACAAUUUAUCAGAAUGAAGCAGGAGGUUGUCUCUCAGAUAGUGUGAAUACUAGAGAUAUCUGUUCUGAAAUGGAAGGCUCAGUGCCUGAGAACCUAACUGACACCACUAAAUGCUGCCUAACUGAAUUGCCACUCAGUCCAUCCAAGAAUGACUUAACGGGCAAUCUACUCUGCAGCAACAGUGGAGGGCAAGAAAUACUACAUUCUGAUGGACAGACACUCUCUCUAGGACAUCUUCAUCCCGCUGUUGGAGUUAGGGCAGGUACAGCUGAGGAAGAAUCAAUUGGAAACUCAGUAUCCUCAUCUGGAAGUGUGCUUCUCCACAGCCUUUACAGGAGUGCAGAUUCCAACCAGUACCUUACUUGCGUAUCUCAGCAGGAUUCAAUAUCCCCCUUCUUAGAGCCUGUUCAGGAAGUGAAACCCAAUCAUGAUCAGUCUGAGGAAGACACUUCAAUAUUUGGGCCCGUGCCAAAACAUGUCUCUGUCAAUAUUGCCAUGCAAAAAAAUGACACAUCUACAGAGGCCGUACUAGAAAUGGAUUGUAAGCCAAAUGAGGUCAUAGUUGAAAAUAUUAAACCUUCUCAAGAAGUUUUACCAAAAAGUGAAUCCCCUCAGGCGGAUGUUCUACCAAAUAAUAGCUUGAUUGACUUCUUGCCAGAAACACAUACCUUUACACCAAAAUCAGACCCCUUAUACGAUAAUUCAUCAAAAUCUGAAUAUAUCAUGCCAGGCCUUAUGUUAUCAAAUGAAGAAAUGCUAAAAUACAACCCUUCCGAGGACAUCCCUGAGAAGUAUGACUUACCAAGAGAAAUUAUGUCAAAAGUUGAUACCUCAGAGGAUAUAAUAGCACAACUUGAGGCUCAGCUUGCACCGUUGAAAAAUGAGACAUCUCUGAUUGAUAACUGUAAUCUAAAUAAUUCCCUUUUUGUUGAAUCUGUCUGGUCUGUAUCAGAAGUCAACUUAAAUUUACCCCAGUUAACUGAACCUAGUGUGUGUGUAUCAGAUUGUACAUUAGAACAAACCUCUAGCAUCACUCAAGACCUGGUCAUAACUGAUUUUAAGCUUGAGAGCAUCUUUGUUCCCCAGCCUACUGAAACACACCUUCUUCAAAGUCUUGUCUCAUACCCAGAGUCUGCAGAGACUCACAAGGUCACAGAGCAUCAUCCUAAACCAGCAAAUCUAAAUGGAAAUACUGAAAUCCAUAUAACUCCAACUGUUCCAUAUUCUGUGGGCCCUGACUUAUUCUCCGUUAACUGGCCCCCUUUAUCCCAGCCAUCUCCAUCAGUCCCUUCAACCUUUGACCAGCCAACAAUGGAUUCAAGGCAUGAUCUUAGCCUUAACUUCCCCUCUUCUUUGCUUGACCUUUCACCCGUAGCCUCCUCAACACCGCAUGUAGCAGUAGACACUAAUGCGCUGUCCCAGCUAUUCCAUUUCCCCUUAAUUCCCCCUACAUCAGUGGAGUCAUCACCAUGCCCAGCACUCGCUGGACCUCUACUUCCUGAGCAGCCUCUAAAUGCUACAUUGCAUAAUCCUUUUCUCCAAGAAGAAUUACAGACCACCAAUUAUCAGAGCAGUCCACACCCAGUGAAGCCAUUGACACCCCCUGAUGAGAAAAGGUCAGAGGGUCGCUCAGUACUGGAAAAGCUUAAAUCCACCAUCCACUCAGGACGAAGCCACCAUUCAGACCAGGAGGAUGAUAAAAAGGCUCUAGUAGAAGGAGGAGGCUCAUACUACCACCUGAACCACAGUGAACUGGUUAAUUUGCUGAUCCAGAGAGAUACUGAGCUCAAACAGGAGCGGGAAGAGUUUGAGAAGAGAGGGGCGAUGCUUGAGAAGGGUGAGACAGAGCUAAAGAAAAUGAAGGUUCUAAUCCGAGAUUUGGAGGAUUAUAUCGAUACAUUGCUCGUGCGCAUCAUGGAACAGACACCCACGCUUCUCCAGGUCCGCCCCAAGAUGAAAUGAUAAAUCCUGAUGAUGAAAUGCUCAGCAAAGCUUCCGCUACCCCUCCACUAACCCCACACAAGUUCUGGGCAGACGUCACAACCCUGCACUGCUACAGCAACCAUAUAAAUGUAGAGAGUUACAACUGCUGUUAGUUGAUGGGCAUUGUGGAUAUGGUGAAGAUUUGACUGUGUAACUGUGUCCAACUAUACCUGUGCCUCUAUGGGGUCUCCUGCAGGUAUGCAUUGAUAGUUGAAGGUGACUCUGCUGCUAAAUUUGAAAGUUGGUAGGAUACAUUUUGAUGUGUGUCAGUUUAUAUUCACUUUCGCCUGACAGAUCACUAAGACAGAUGACUGUCCAACUACCUACCAAAAUCAUAUGUCGAUCAAACAGAAGGCAUAACUUUGACAUGCCAGUCUUCAAUAGCUAAAGUAAAAUGUUUUAAUGCAUGAUAAACAAAAACAUUGAUUUAAUUUGAGUUUUUUCUGUCAUAUUUUAGCAUAAUGCUCAGUUGCUUGAAUGGAGAGAGUAAGUGGUAAAGUCAGAGAGUUUGAGGUACCUUAAAUGUGAGAGAGAGUGAGUGUAAGACAUUUAAGGGAUAGUUCACCCCAAAAUGAAAAUGGUUUAUGAUAGCUUUAUAAUUUUUCAGUGAACUAUCCCUUUAAUAUAGAAAGCAAGGAAAGAGAGCAGAAUCUGCUUGUGCCUCCCAACACGUCUUCUGCACUUUCCUUGAGAACUUAAGAACAGAGGCUCACACUAUAUAUGUCAGUUUCCUUCCUGUCCCUUCCCUUGCUUGUGCCAAUGCACGCACUUCGCUGCCAGUGCUUUCAGGAGUAAUGAAUGGGAUAUAUACUGUAUUCAUUGCAUAUAUGCCACUGACAAAAUGCCAAAUGCUGCCUUAUCAAACAGUAUUGUCAUCACUUUUAAUUAGAUUGCACAUCAUAUAACAACAUAAAAAAAUGCAAUGGAGUAUUUAAAGCAUAAUUUUCCCAAGACUGUUAAGUUAGUAUAGAAAUAAAUAAAUGGAUCUAGAGUCUUUAAAAUUUGAGCAGAGGGAAUAACCAUGAAAUAGAAAAUGCCAGAAAAUCUGCUCUAACGUUACAGUAUUCUCAAUACAGCAACGGCUCUGGUAUGUCAAUGUUCCUGUAAUGUUAUUCUGGUGUUCUUCUGAUGUUGCCACUAUCAGUGUUGCCACUGUCCGUGAACAAUGUAGCACUAUAUAUAGAUAUGUGAUGCAUAUGUUACAGUACUUCUUAAACCUCAAACAGAGGCAUUUACAAUGGUUUUUUCUCAACAUCUUAGGAAGUGCACAUAGUCAGAUGCGCACAUUAACUGCACAGACUAAUAAACACAGGAUAUUACCAAUGUUCUAGUGCUGCUGAACUUCUGAUAGUCCCUGCUAGGAAGCUCAACAUUUAUCAAAAAUAUAUUUCUAUGAUUAGAAGCACUUAAGGACUUGUGUGCUCUGCCUGCCAUUAGAAAUUCUGUUUGUCUAUUGAGUGAUAGGUGGUUUAAUGAAUGUUCAUUUAUUAAGGCUUAACUUAAAAGUUUACAAUUCUUCAAGAGUAUGUUACAUUUUACUCAUGAAAAUACCUAUUUAUUGUUUUUCUUAAAUGUUAUAUUUUUCUUUGUGGUCAGUUCUUUUUUGGUCACUGUUUCUUUUUGUGGUCUAAUGUUCUGAACAAUUUAUAAAAAACUUUUAUUUUUCUGGGGGGGGUGGAAUUUCCUUUAAAUGCAACCGUUUGGUAUGCUGUUUGUGUACAUCACGAUUAUGUGUGUUAUUAAGCCUAGAUUUCCCUUCCUUAAGGUCAGUACUGACACAGAAAGCAAUAGAUGUGAAGGCCAGGCUUUUGCAGAAUUUAAGAGAUUCAUACUUUUCUAGGUCUAAUCAGAUUGAAUAUGAUGUUAAAUGUAUGCUUAGGUUGCUAAUGUGUUUAACACCAGUUUAUGUAAAUAUUCACACAAAGCCUGCAGCCUAGUAAGGAGGUAUGAUCAAGUGCCCUUGGCUAAAUGUUAUCAUGGAAUGUGUCGAUGAGAAUGAUUGUAGAAGAUGAUUUGUAUGCUUUUAAUGGUGAAGUUGAUAAUCAAAACUACAUUUAAUGUAGUACAAACUCUGGAAUUUGCAAAUAAAAACAUGUUUACUCUUUACAUUUGAUUUGAUUUUUAGAGAUCUGAAAAGGUAUUAUUAUUUUAAAACAAUUGAAAAGGCUUUACUUGAAAAUUGUAAGAUAAUGCAUUAGCAUUCAGUUGAAUGUCAGAAUUCUCAUUCUUGCAGAGUGGGCUCAAUUCUUCUUUGGUUGAAGAUUUCACUGGAUUCCUGUCACAAUGAAAAUAACAAUAGCUUAAGUUAACCUUGCAUAUCCAGUAGUAUACAAGCACUGAACACAGACAUAUUCAGUGGAACCAUUUGUUUUACUGCAAAAUAUUUAAAGUGCUUCCAUGUGGUACUGUUGGAUUGUAUGUUCAGGGUGUAGUUACAUGAGUGUCCACUGGAGGUUGUGAUGUAUUCUUUUUACCUAAUGCAUCUACUGAGAGAUGUUCAAUUGACUUUUGGUGUGCUCUUAAGAAUAUCUGCAAAGAAAAGGUCUCUGUAGAUGAAAUAAACUUCAGUUAGGGAUGCAUCUCGGAAUGUCUUUAUUUGACAUUGUGAGGAUGGAUAACUACUAAGUUCUUGAGUGUUUAAAGGAAAUUGAGUAAAAAUAAACCACAAUAAAACAUUUUUUGGAAUGUUAA